AUGGCCGGCAUAAUUAAUAAACCUCUCGCCUUAUUUCGCAGGCCUGAGUCACCCAGACCCCUCCAUACUAGAUGGGGUGACGUGGACAUCUCCGUUCCUACAGAUGGUUCGUGGAACCAAUACGACAACCCUCACCAUACUGUACAAGAAAAGCAGAGAUAUGGUCCAGGGUUCGUCCCAGAUUUUCAUCCAUCCGAUUACAAUCAGACCCAUUCCCACCAAAAGAAUAAUAAGAGAGACGACCCUGAAGUGAAAGAGAAUAGAACGAACAACCCAAGAAACUCAACUACUCUUUCCCGAUCUAGCUCUCUCUCCCUAGGCUCUCUGCGUUCCAAUCGUCUCUCAGUGCGACUAGCAUCGCGCCCAAAGCACUUACGAGGCGAGACAAAGAACGAACAAGAAUCCCACGAACCCGAAUCUCAGCGACAUGAUUUCGCAUAUAAACCAAUCCAGCAAGAUUACACCGCUGAGGCAUCCGAGAAUACCAGAGUCAAAAGCCCUCCAUUUAAAUACAUCCCUACAAACGGAAGAUACCUCGAGGAUCUUCGCGGUCCAAGUCCCGGUCCUCGCAGUCAAUCUGCUAUGUCUCAUCGCAGCGCAUCCAGCGCUUCUACUCGACGAGACUCAUAUACUGAUUCUAUUUACGAAAAUGAUCGUACUUUCGCUCGACGUGGCUCCCACCAAGAUGAUGACCGUCAAAGCCUCCGAUCAAACUCAGGUGAAUAUCAGAUGCGGGAUGCCCUGAGCUCUCGGCAUAGAUAUGGACUACCUCCUCGCCGACGGACUUCACCAUUUGUCCCGGCUGAUCGCAAACGCGCUUCGUUGUUGAAGCCCAUGACUUUAGCAAUGGUUCCUGAUCCUGAUGAACUUUACGAGUGA